AAGAAGGAGGCCCACAGGAAGGAAUUCUGGAAGAUAUGCCCGUUGAUCCUGACAAUGAGGCAUAUGAAAUGCCUUCUGAGGAAGGAUAUCAAGACUAUGAACCCGAAGCCUAAGAAAUACUUUUGCUCCCAGUUUCUUGAGACCUACUGAAAGAUGUUCCAUCCUGUACAAGUACUCAGUUCCAACAUGCCCAGUCAUGAUAUUUUCUCAAAGUUUUUACAAUGUAUUUUAAACUCUUCCAUCAGCAGUGAUUGAAGUUAUCUGUACCUGCCCCUACUCAGCAUUUCAGUGCUUCCCUCUCACUGAAGUGAUUAUAUGGUAGCAGGAUCCUUGUGUGCUAUGUGAUAUUGUGGCUUCAAAUCUAAAAUGUUAAAUUAAAACACCUAAGUGACUACCACUUAUUUCUAAAUCUUCACUAUUUUUUGUUGCUGUUAUUGAGAAGUUGUGAUUUACUAUCAUAUACUAUAAGAUUUCUAGGUGUCUUUUAAUGAUUAUUUCUGUUUAAAAAUAAUGAUGUGUUGUGAAAUUUGUUAAUAUAUAUAAUACUUAAAAACGUGAGCAUGAAACUAUGCACCUAUAAAUAUUAACUCUGAAAUUUUACUGUUUUGUGAUGUGUUUUAUUAACUUGUGUUUAUAUAUAAAUGGUGAAAUUAAAAUGUUAUCUCAUUAUAAAAAUAUUAAUCCCAUCUCACUUUAAUAAUAAAAUCAUGCUUAUAACAAUAUGAACUGAGAAC